ACUAUAACAUCACAAAUGACCCACUGGCAAUCAGGCAUGAGUUUUGUUGCAGCUACGCAGUUUGCAUGCAAAGAGGGCGCGUGCAUGACUCAUCAAAAAAAACGUCAAGUCUUAUAUAAGGAGCGUCGCGCGAGCUUCUGUGCUCUGCACUGUCUGAAACAGCCUUCACUACCCACUUUAUUCUGCACGAUGGCUCCCUACACACUCACGUACUUUCCAGUCAAAGGCAGAUGUGGUGCCUUGAAGAUGAUGCUGGCGGACAAUGGGCAGCAGCUGAAGGAGAAUGUGGUGUCCAUAGAGGAGUGGAUGAAGGGUGAUCUGAAAGGCAGCUGUCUCUUUGGACAGUUGCCUAAAUUUGAAGAUGGUGACCUGGUCCUGUAUCAGUCCAAUGCCAUGUUAAGGCAUUUGGGUCGCAAACAUGGUGCAUAUGGAAAAAAGGACUGUGAGGCUUCUCUUAUUGACAUGAUGAAUGAUUCAGUUGAAGAUCUUCGCCUAAAAUACAUUAAGCUGAUCUACCAGGAAUAUGAGACUGGUAAAGAAGCAUACUGCAAAGAUCUGCCCAACCACCUCAAACCAUUUGAAUCUAUUCUGUCCAAAAGCAAAUCUGGAUUCCUAGUUGGUGAUCAGAUCUCAUUUGCUGACUAUAACCUGUUCGACCUUCUGCUGAAUCAUAAAGUCCUUUGCUCUGCCUCUCUGGACUCCUUCCCAGCUCUCAAGAGCUAUGUGGAUAAGAUCGCUGCCCGUCCCAAAAUCAAAGCACUCCUGGAGUGUGAAAACUUCAAGAAGCUUCCCAUCAAUGGCAAUGGCAAGCAGUAAUUCAGUAGAAUAUUCUCAAACAAUGGCACUUGCUGUUAAAAGGCCUUAACUGUUGCCCUGUGAUUAGCAAAACAUCUUAUGUCUUUGUAUGAAUAUCUAUUUUCUGUGUUUAACUGUUUUUGAUCGUUUUUACUAAAAUCCAUGUAUCAAUUAUCAUGAAUAAAAAAAAAAUUAAGCAUCCAGAA